CCUCUUUUCCGCGCCGUCGACGAUGCUCCAUCUCCACUGGUUGCUCUUCUUCUUAACUCACGAUCCAUGGCGUUUCACCAUUUGAUGCGAAUUCAAGGCUUCCAGUCCUCUACACUAUCACUUAUUCUUCCAUGUCUUUCAUCACAAUUGCUACGGUUUCGUUCCUAACUGUUAAUUAUGAUCUUCCAUCUUCUCUGAGUUAAUGGACAGUCCACUACUUCUUCCUUAAAUUGUCGUAAGUCCUUCUCUUAUAUAAAACAAUUUCCCUGCCUCCUAUAUAUCUUCGCUGUGUUUUCUUCAUUUUUAUGAGUGAAAUUCAGGCGUAGCAGAUUUCAUAUUAAGCUGCUACAUCUCCGGGAUUAAGUAACCAUCUGUUCUCAGUUGAUUACAAGAGGCAACAAUCUUAAUAUUUGACAGCGACGUGGGUUUUCGUCUCUUGGUCGGCCACAUAACACAAGGGUAAGCAGGGUGGUAAUCAGCAAAAUCCAGAGCAAGAGAAACAACAGGAUGAUGCUAGAAGUGAAGCUGAUGAACGUAGACAAAUGAUGCUUAGUCAAAUAUUGUCUUCCCAAGCCAGAGAGAGAAUUGCUCGAAUUGCCCUGGUAAAACCUGAGAAAGCUAGAGGUGUAGAGGAUGUUAUUUUGAGGGCUGCUCAAAUGGGACAGAUAGUUGAAAAGGUUUCUGAGGAGCGGCUUAUUACACUGUUGGAACAAAUAAACAGCCAAACUGCAAAACAAACGAAAGUCACGAUCCAUAGGCGCUGCGGGGUGGAUGACGAUUAGGAAGAAGGAUAUUAUGCUGUACUUUGAACAUCUAUGGGGCAUCUCACUAC